GUUAUUAUUAGACCAUAAAAUAUUCUGGAGUUAUAAAUUGAGACCAAAAUACGGAUUAUUUAUUUCAAUUUGCAUGAGGGGUACAGUAUAAGAAUAGAAAAGUAAAGUUACAGUAAAAAAACAAUGUCUGCAAGAUUAAAUAAAUUUAUUUUAUUUGGAGAUUCAGUUACUCAAAUGAGUAAUGACCAAGAAGUUGGAUUUGGUUUACAUCCAGCAUUGCAAAACUUAUAUGCUAGAAAAGUAGAUAUUAUUAAUAGAGGUUAUAAUGGUUAUAGUAGUGAUCAUGCCAAAGUAAUUCUUCCAAAGAUUUUAGAAGCAGAAUUGAAUGAAUCCAAGAAUAAUGUUAAAUUAAUUACAAUUUUCUUUGGAACAAAUGAUGUCUCACAAUCAGAUGAUAAACUCGCUGAAGUUCAAGCUGUUCCACUUGAUAGAUAUAAAGAGAAUUUGGAUUAUAUGAUCAAAUUAAGUUUAAAGUCAAAUAUUAAACCAAUUGUUAUAACUCCUGGUUUCCAUGAUGCAAAGUUAGCCAGAGAAUUAUACAAAUUAUAUAAUCGUAAGGUAACUGUUGAUAAUACUGAUAACUUAAGACAACAAUUAUAUGCUGCAGCCGCUGUGGAAGUUGCUAAAAGAAAUAAUGUGGCUUAUGUGAAUGUGUUUGAAGAAUUCCUUAAAGAUUCUAAAUUUCCCUUAGAUAAAUUACAUGCUUCUCAUAGUGAUACACCUGAUGAAGAUUAUAUAAGUGUACACGAAUAUAUCAGAGAUGGUAUUCACUUCACUGCUAAAGCAUAUAAGAUUCUUUUUGCUGCCGUAGUAAAGGCCAUAAAUGAAAAUUAUCCAGAGCUCAAUGCCGAAUCAUUGCCUCAACAAUUUACUGAUUGGAUAGAUCUUGAUCCUAAGAAUGUUAAUUCAGUCCUCGGUUAGAUUAUUCUAUAUAGUAUUUACUAUUAUAAAUGAUCAAAUUUUUGUUCUUGUCAUUACUAGA